AUGGGGACACAUCCCAGGGGGAAAUUCGCCCUCCCCUCUGCCAGGCUGGUGCGGGAGUUCAUCCGCCAGUUCCGCCUGAAGCUCAACCCCUUCAUCCAGCGGGACAACAACACCUGGUUCCUCCUCAACGGGGCCCGGGUCAGGGCCGGGGAGGUGGAGAAGGACCCCGACAUCCUCAACUACCCCCUGGAGCCCUGGGAGAGGGGCAAGAGCGCCUGGCAGCUCUACAGGGAGGCCCUGCACAAGGCUUUCAAGAAGUUCCAGGACACGGACUGCCAGGAAUUCCUGGCUAAACACGACUCCUUCUCCACCAAGGAGUACCUGAUCAAGGUGGGGGGGCUGAGCCGGGGGGCCGUGGACAUGAUCGGGGACCUGCUGAACGAGGACUCCGGGUUCUACCUCUCCUUCCUCGCCUCCCUCUGGGACUUCGACGUCUUCUCCAACGAGACCUUCGACGAGAUCACGGGGGGGUUCGACCAACUGCCCGAGGCCUUCCAGAAGUCUCUGCCCGGCGUCAUCCGCUUCAACUGCACCGUGGAGACCAUCGUGAGCAAGGGGGACGAGGUCCGGGUGUUCUACCGCGCCCCGGACACUCUGGCCCCGACGGCCGUGACGGCCGACUACGUCCUGGUCACCUCCACGGCCAAGGCCACGCGGCACAUCCAGUUCCUGCCGCCCCUCUCCCGCGCCAAAGCCCACGCCCUGCGCUCCGUCCACUACGCCGGCGCCUCCAAGAUCGUCCUGGCCUGCUCCGAGAGGUUCUGGGAAAAGGACGGGAUCCGCGGCGGGCAGUCCGUCACCGACCGCCCCUCGCGCUUCAUCUACUACCCCAGCCACAACUUCUCCAGCGGCGUGGGCGUCCUGCUGGCCUCCUACACCUGGAACCGCGACUCGGAGUUCUUCGUGCCGCUGACGGACGAGCGGGCGGUGGAGGUGGUGCUGCGGGACCUGGCCGACGUGCACGGGGUGAGCCGGGACUUCCUGCGCCUGGCCUGCGACCGCCACGUCGUGCAGAAGUGGCAGCUGGACCGGCACGCCAUGGGGGCCUUCGCCGCCUUCACCCCCUACCAGUUCGCCGACUACUCGCAGGCGCUGUUCGCCGCCGAGGGCAGGGUGCACUUCGCCGGGGAGCACACGGCGCAGCCCCACGCCUGGAUCGACACCGCCAUGAAAUCGGCCGUCAGGGCCGCCGCCAACAUCCACCACGAGCGCGGCGCCGGCUGGGCCGGGAGCGCCGCCGGGAGGGAAGGGCUGUGAGGGGAGAGAAGGGCUGUGAGGGGAGGGAAGGGCUGUGAGGGGAGGGAAGGGCUGUGAGGGGAGGGAAGAGCCCUGAGGGACCUUCCUGGGAGCUCUGAGGGGAUGGAAGAGCCCUGAGGGAGCUCUGAGGGGAGGGAAAUGCUC